AUGAGCCUUGCACUCCCAUGGCCGUCCUCGUCCAAGGACGCCAGGCAUCCUCUUUCCAACAGUCGCUUUAUUCCAUCCCUAACGGUGUCAUGGCUGGAUCAUCUUAUCACUCUCGCUGCUUCGGGAACCUUGUCAAGCGACGAUGCUUGGCCGAUCGAUUCAAGACUGUCUGUCAGGAGUGUCCUGGCUCGACGCGGGCUUCAGCCUGACCAGUUACGGCAAAGUCUAUCAGCUGGAUUGGUAUGGGUCCUUCUGCGUGAAUUUCGCUCCCCUAUGUGCCUAAGUGCAAUAUUCGGUAUCAUCAACGUCGCAACGGCAUUGGCUCAACCAUUUCUUCUUCGGUCACUGCUGCAGAACAGAGACAUGUUUUCGGUAGCUGGGUUGUUUGCAGCAACUGUCGCAUCUGGAACGACAGAAGCUCACUUGAAGCUUCAACUAAGCAAAAUUGGUGUACAGUUUCGUUCGGCCAUGACUGCCUUGAUUGCCGACAGAUGCAUUUCUAGCACCAAUAUUGAUAUUCAUGCUCAGAAAGCCGAUCCUACACUUCUCAUCGAAGUUGACACCACUAAGGUCUAUGAGCUAGUUGAGCAGUUCCAUCUUCUCUGGAUGAUUCCACUACAGGCUGGCAUCAGCAUAGUGGCCUUGGUGCUUCUGCUUGGCUGGCAAAGUGUCUUUGCUGGAUUUCUAUCGCCGGCCAUAUUCUUGCCUCUCAUCUCAUAUACAACAUCCAGCAUGUCUACCCACAUGGCCCUUGUCAUGCAAGCCAAGGAUGCUACAGUGUCUCUCGUCACGCAGGUCCUCAAACAAGUCAAGCAAGUCAAGCUUAACUCUUUGGAGAAUAUCUUUGAGCGAAAGAUUGCCGACAGGCGAGCGGAGGAGAUGGAGAGAACGAAGGUCAUAGCCCUCCUCAACGGCGUCAUUGUCUUUCUGGUCUACAAUCUUCCACCAGCACUGAUUUCUAUUGCAUUUGGUGUAGCUGUGUUUCUAGGCCAUUCCCUAUCGAGCAACGUGGUUUUCCCAGCCCUCGCAUUCUCCUCCAACAUCACACGGGCAAUCUCACUUCUUCCUCAUCUGGUUAUACUGUACCAGUCUGCACAGAUUUCAUUCGGGCGCAUCAAGACCUUUUUGCUCAUUGACCCGAGCCCAGAGAGGCUGGCUCCCUCUCCAACAUCCUUAUCCUCAACCUCAAUCACUAAUCCCAAGGGGAAACUCGUAUUCUCAAUGAGACACUGUGACAUUUACCUCCCAACAGCACAAGGCGGGUUUCAGCCCAUCAUUCGAGACUGCAACAUCGAGGCGACUUCCAAUUGCCUUCUUGUCAUAUCUGGAAGCGUUGGGUGUGGCAAAACAACAUUAAUUCGUUCCAUUAUUGGAGACAUAAUGCCAACUCGUGGCCAAUUCUCAGUUCAUGGGAGAAUUGCAUACGCGCCCCAGAAGCCUUACCUCACGAGCGGUACAAUCAGGGAUAAUAUCCUCUUCGGCCUUCCAUUCGAUCCCUCUUACUACCAACGAGUCCUUGAAGCGGUGUCACUCAGCUCGGAUUUGUCCAGGCUGCCCCAAGGUGACGAGACCCCCAUGGGAGGUACAGGCGCGACUCUCUCAGGUGGACAGAAGAGUCGUGUUGGCCUUGCAAGAGCAAUCUAUGCACGAAGAGAAGUCAUCGUUCUUGACGAUCCUUUGGCUGCAUUGGAUGCUCAAGUGCAGUCGCACAUUAUUGCUCAGGUUCUUGGUCCUGACGGUAUUCUCAAAGACUCAUUACGCAUUACGACAACAUCGUCAGCAGCCCUCAUGUCUAUUGCCGACAAGCAAUACAACAUUUGCGAUGGCACGGUAGCGCGCACUGCGUCACCUGCACACACUCAAACCACUCAAACCCUGAACGUGCUAGCUACACACCCCAAGGAAAUACAUGGGUCUCAGCGGCAGCCGCCAUUGGUGGCUAACUAUGGUUCUAUCAAGUCCAACACCUCCAUGCAAAUUACUCCUUGCGAUUCGGAUAUUGAUCAAGAAAGCGCGCCUUUACUCCAGAAGGCACCUUUAAAGGUACAAUGCCCGGAUAUGGGGUCGGACCCAGUCGCCUUGGGAACCUACCUGAGGUUCCUCAACCUAGCCAAGUACGGGGGCUGGCUGUGGGUCAUGCUUACCGCUGCCUUGUCCAAGUUGUUUGAUAUCCUGGCCGUAUACUAUCUGAAACUAUCGAGCGAGGAUUUCGAGAGCCAAGGGCAUUCUACAAAGCUUUUCUAUUACUCUAUAUGUGCCCUUAUCGGAGGCUCGCUGUCAAUGCUAUUUGUUCUUAUUGCAUUUUAUGUCUGCAUCAUCCCAACAUCGCUAUCGAUUCACGCCCAAUUGACAAAGGGGGUCCUUGAGGCCAAGUUCUCUUUUUUCGAUACGCACAGCCUUGGGCAGAUCCUCAACCGCUUCACCAACGACAUCAACAAGAUUGAUACAUCGGUCAAUGGCAGUUUUAUCUCCCUAUCUGCACUCUGUAUCACAACCUCAUCAUCUCUUUUUGUCAUGAUCAGCGUGACUCCCUUGAGUCUCUUGUAUCUCGUUCCCACAGCCGUUGUUUACUUCAUGAUUCAGUCGCAUUACUUACAUGCUUGCCGACAACUGCGUCGUUUGGACAACCUGGCUCGAGCUCCAGUCCUGAACCAAGCUGCUGAAAUUAGACUGGGUGCGCAAGUGAUAGUGACGUUUAAUCAAGUGGACACCUUCAGAGAGCGCGUCAGGGACGUGAUUGAUGACCACAUCCGAGUUUGGGCCCCUUACGUGAUGUUGAAUCCGUGGUUAACCCUCCGACUGCAGCUGCUUUCCAGCGUCCUCCAGCUUUUAUCGGCUUCGCUUCUUCUCUGGCUCAAUACUUCCUCAAGUACACUAGGCUUGGCCAUGAACUUCCUCAUUCAGAUCACAAGUAACCUCAACAGUUUUGUACAGAUGCGUGCCACAUUAGAGGCAGACAUCACCUCUGCUGAGAGAGUGUGGUCUUACGCUGCCAAUGUUCCAGAGAGCCAGCCAACCGAAGAGCAACGGCCAGCGCCAUCUUGGCCAGAUAUGCCAGUCAUCAACUUCGAAUCCUAUUCGGCCUCGUACGCUCCUGGUGGCGUUCCUUGCCUGCGUGAUCUGAGCUUUUCUAUAGCCGCGGGCGAACACGUUGCUGUCGUCGGGCGUACAGGGGCUGGCAAAUCCUCCCUCAGUCUAGCUCUGCUCCGUGCCCUAGAGCAGGGGGAUUCUUACAAUGGCCGCAUCACUAUCGAUGGACUGGAUAUCUCGAAAGUAUGCCUGGCAGACCUCCGUAAUCGGAUUACCUUCCUGCCACAAGAGCCUUUUGUAUUUGCAGGCACAAUUAGACAUAACCUCGACUUCGCGGGAACUGAAACUGAUGAGAGACUGCAGGAGGCAUUGAGCGCAUGUCAAAUGAGCCGAUUCUUCAACCUUGAACCUGCACAAAACCUUCUCGAUUACCCAGUAUCGGACUUAGGGUGA